AUGAAGACGGGACUUAUGUCCCGUCUAGAAGUUGCCGAAUGUCAAGCGCAAAAUGUCAUCGAUUCUCAUUCCUCACGACUGCAUGAAGCCAACUUAACCGUGUCACAACUUAAAGCGGAGCUUGAGGCCGUCCGAAAGCAGUAUGAAGCCGAGAACCGACGACUUAAUGCAAAAAUUCAGGAAAUUCAAGUGGAACAGAAAGCCUCAAUUAAAGCAAUUUCCGAUAACUUAGCCCAAGUCCAGAACCAAAGAAAUUCCCUUUACAACGAAGUUAACGGUCUUCGUAACAAAAUUAAGACAGCCAAUCAGGCUGCGGCUGAGGCCAAGUUAAUGGCGGAGACGAUGAAGGAGCGGGAGACGAUACUGACUAACACAGCGAAUCAAUCCGCUGCGUUGCUCAAGCAGGCCCAACAGAAGGCGGAAUCACAGAAGGCACGGGCGGAUAAUCUGAGCACUCUCCUUGGCCAACUCCGUAAACGUCUCUCUGAAUCCGAGAAUAAUCGACUUAAGGCACUUGAGUCGCUGAAAUUGAUGACAGAGAAGUCAGUGGCUGCCGACUCCUCGAUUGCUUCUGCAAAGCGUCGCUGUGAGGCCGCGGUGGCGCGCGCUGACCAACUCAACGAGCAGUUGCAGGCCUCCAAUAAAAAAGCGAAGGAGGAUGCGGCUGCCUUUGAAAAAGAGGUCUCACGACUCAAGCAAUCACUUUCGGCUGUGCGAGGUGACGCCGAAAAGUGGCAACACAAAUUCGAAAAUGCUCAAACCAAAGUCGAAAAUUUGACCAUUGAAAUGAACAAGGUGUCGCAAGGCAGGCAAUCAGCGGAGCAGAGGGCUUUGAAUCAGCUAAAAGAGGAGAAACUGCGUGUCACCGAGCUGGAGGAGCACACGAAGGUCCUGAAAACGCAGAUGGCGGACUUGCAGCAGGAGCUUUCAACUAGGCGCAAAGAGGCCACGGAGGCUCUUCAGGCUGACGCGGAACGAAUCAAAACCCUGGAGUCGCGCAUUGAGCUUGACCUGAAGCCUCUCCUCGACGUUGCCAACGUCCGCGGUGAUACUCUCUCGAAUGAAGUCGACGUAAGCGCAGACGUUUCAUACCUCGGUGCUGCCAUGCAAACAGCUAGUUGGUUGGACAUGAAAUACACCCCCGAGGCAUUCCGUGACGCCCUUAGGCACCUGUAUUGUGUUCUAAACGAGCAAGAUCAUCACAACGCCUGCUCGAUCCCAUCUGUUGAGCUCGGUGAUGCAGAAUUGACGGUUUUGGAUGGCUUUCCAGCCUAG